CAGAAGGCAAAUAUUAGCAAGAUGGCGACGUUGGACCUGGAUUGGGAGGAGGUUCGUGAUCAGUUAAGAACAUGGAGAGAGGAUAAUACUCGACACAGUGAGGAGGUUGUGGACAUGUGGGACUAUUGCCUUAAACAUUACAAACAUAAACUGGGAGAUGAAAGAUGGAUGGUAGAAGAACAGGUUGUCAUAGCGGGGUUAGAUUGCUAUCGUCUUGAUGUGGCUGAACCUUGUUUAGUCUCUCUUAAUGAACAGUUUCCAGGCUCUGUCCGGAUUCGCAAGUUGAAGGCUAUGAGGCUUGAAGCAUUGGAAAGGUUUGAUGAAGCUAUUGAUGUUUAUGAUAGCAUUAUCCGAGAAGAUGAAACCAACUCUUCAGCAAGAAAAAGAAAAGUUGCUGUGUUAAAAGGGCAGGGGCGAAUUCCGGAUGCAAUUAAAGAACUAACAGAAUAUCUAAAAAAAUUCAUGUCAGACUGUGAAGGCUGGCAAGAACUAUGUGAUCUCUACUUGAAAGAAGGUGAUUACAAUAAAGCUGCAUUUUGCAUGGAGGAACUAAUCUUGAGCAAUCCCCACUAUCAUUUAUUUUAUACAAAAUAUGCAGAGAUUAAGUAUACUCAGGGAGGGCUAGAAAAUUUGGAGUUAGCCCGAAGUUACUUCAGUCAAGCAGCAAAAUUGAAUCCUGGAAACAUAAGGGCAUUGUAUGGACUUUUCUUGAGCUGUAGCCAGGUUUCAUCAUCUCCAAAGUGUACAGCACAAAAGAAGAAAGAGACACAGCGUCUUGCAGCAUGGGCUUUAAAGGAAAUAGCUGAAAAAUAUUCAAAAUGCAGAACAAACACAAUGGAUGGAACUAAAAUUAUGGAAACCUUUGGAUCUCUGAGUUUGACGGAUAAAGCGUGAUAGUUGCCUUAGACCAAAAAGUUAUAUUUUUCCUUUUGUAACAUACAAAACAUUAAACUAUUCCUUGAUCAUCAUGAGCCCCCAGUUGUGUUUUAUACUUCCAGUUGGUGAAAUACCUAUAGUUCCAGAAUUUUCAGUACAUUCUUAGUAAUAUUUUGUUACAAUUAUGUCCAUAUAGGCAGUAUAUAAAUAUAUUUAUAUAUAUAUAUAGUUUGCAGCAACAGUAUUUCAUAAUGAUGUAGCAUUUUACUUUGAAACUACCAUUAAAAGCCAUGCCCUGUAAGUGCUUGCAUUAUAUUUUUAAGAUGCAGUAUAAUGAUAUAAAUUGGAAAUUUGUGUUCAGAUAUCUAUUCCCUUUGUAUGGCCUUCAUUUAACAUUUUAUCAGUUAUGUAAAUCAUCUUAAUGUUAUUAUAUGGUGUGAUUUCUAGUGAUGCCGAAUGCUAGUGUCUGUAUGAUGGCCACAUUUUCUACCAAAUGGUUAAUAUUAGAGCUAGAUUCACAUAUUUGUAUGCAAGUAGGGUGUGUGACAGGAUUUAUUUUUGACAGCACUAUAAGUGUGGUAAGGAGGUUAAAUUACUGUCACCAUAUUAAAAAAAAAAUAAAAUAUAUAUAAAUAUUC